GUUUAGGUCAUAUCCUGGAGCGAUGGCGGUGUCCAUGGUCGCUAGAAUUAUGUCCAUUUGGCUAGCUCCAGAUGCUGUCUCAUGGUUUGCUGCGGUUUCCUCAACCGCGGCGCCAUAGCUUCCAAUGUGGUAAGCUUCGGAAUACAGUUGGUCACUUUUUUUGCGAGGGUUUUGUCGAUCAUUAUAGACGUUAUUUAGCGCGUGAGAGAGUGAAUAUUAGACGCUGAAGCUGUUUGCAUACUGCACCUGGCACACUUGGAGGAUCCAUGACUGGUGCAUUGGUGCUGUUGUAGCGAUGUUCGAAUGCUUCUGUAUGAUGCGGGGGCCUGGUUGCCUUCCCUACUCGUGGUUAGAGGAGGAUCAGCAAGCUUCAUCUCGUUUUUCUCGUCCUAUAUUGGCGUUUGCUUGAUAUUCUUCAAUUUGGUGUUUUCGGUGUACGAGGAUGGGCAGCAACGUCAUGCGAUGAGUCGUGCAGGCCAUUGAUUUAGUUAUCCAUGAUUCUUUUGAGAAUAAAUUUAGAGCCAUUCAGUUGAGCUCUUUUGUAAGCGUGUAAAUGUUUCGGCCAGGGCCGGGACAAGAGUCCCCCCAAGGCACUACACGACCAUCUUUUCCUAGUCCACCUCGUUCCACAAUGCCAAGACCAAGUCAAUUUGGACCUCCACCUUCCAUGCAUGGAAGAGGAAGUCCUCUUGUCCCCCCACCUGGACCUUCGCAACAUUUUUCUAGUCAGUAUCCUGGUUAUCCUGGUUCAGAACUUGGAGAUGGACAACCUCAACCCCAUCCUCCUGGAAGUGCAGCAAUUGAUCGCAUGCCUUCAUCACCACUGAAAGCUGCAGAACGACGAGUUGUGGAGGAGCGACCCAUGGGACCACAAGAUCAGGAGAUGCUGAAGAAUAUCGAUAUCUUAGCUAGUUUUGUAGUGAAAAAUGGGCCCCAAUUUGAGGAUAUGGCACGGCAGAAGCAGGCUAACGACCCCAAGUUCGGAUUUCUCUUCGGUGGUGGACCCGGCUCGGAUGCUGCCCUCGGCCAGGCUUACUAUGAGUGGAAGAAGAGAUGGUUAAUAGCCGCAGCCAACUCACCAGCAGAUGCUCUAAUUAAGCCUCAUUCGAAUAAUGAAUCCAAAGUAGAUACUCAUAGUCCUCUUUCUGAAGCUCCUCUUUCUCCUGACGGAUCUGACAUGAACAUGGAAGAUGAUUUUGGGGAACCCUCUCAAGCCGCAGAUAUCAAAAGUGAUCAGGUUCAGGAAUCCGAAUCUAACCUACAUGCUAAGAGAGAACCUACAUCAUCAUCAAGAACGGAGACCAAUUCUAGACCACAAGGUGCACAGAACCCCAGAGUCCCUACCCCUCUUAGUGUGCUUCAUCAGAGCAAUUCCGCAACAGCUUCUCGAACUUCUCCCCAAGUGCCUUCUCAGCCAGCAAUCUCCAACAGACCCCAGUUGGAUACUGCCCAUGAUGAAUUACCAAAGAGGAAAGACACGAGACGUCGUACAGGGUUCGACAGACCUUGUAUGGAAGAUGUGACACCAGUAUCUAGCUCUCCUGUACAAACAAAGCCACAAGUCCUAGACUCUUCUGCGGCUGCUGAAGUACAAAGAAGUAAAACCUCUUCUCGUGUCUCUCGCUGGGGCCUUCAAGAUCCAACUCCUCUCCAUGAUUCGUCACGAAGACCCUCCUUUUCUGUUGACGCACAAAACAAUACUUUUCAACAAGAUCCUGUCAGAUCACUUGUAAAGGAGGUUGAUACGUCAGAGUUGGGUGACAGGUUGGAAGCAGUCACCCCUCAGAGGGAUGAUGAUAGUGAACAUGAAACCAAAGGUGCUAAAGAUUCUCUAUUGAAGGAUACAUUCUCCAGAUUGGAGGACAGGGACUCUACAGAUUAUCCGACAAAGCCGGACCGAUAUCAGACGAAGGAAUCUAUACUUAGAUCAGAGGACAGGAAAAUGAAGGAUUCAGAUGAUAGGAGAGCUAGGGACUCCCCAUCAACAUUGGUAGAUCUAAGUAUCCGAGACGGAUCUCCCAAGAUAUCGAAGCAACAAAGAGAUGUUUCUGAACCAGACCCUGGUUCGAAGGCACCAACGGUUGAUGAGUUUGGGAGGUUUGUACGGCCUGGGGGAAGUGAAAGUGAUGCCGAGGAUUCUCAUAAUGACAGGAAAAGAAGGAAUGGAAGUGGAAGUAGGAGCAGGUCCCCAUCAGAUAACCGAAGACGACGUCGCAGUCGUAGUAGGUCUCCACGACGGCACAGUAGGCGGAGUCAUUCACGCAGCCGUUCACCUAGACGGAGACGGAGCCGAAGUAAGUCACCUCAUGGACGGGAUUCUCGUCGCGGAGGUGAUGGUGCGAGAGGUUGGGAACGAGGACACCAAGAUCGUAGUGAUCGCGGUGGAAGGAAAGGCGGAAGAGGUGACCGUGGUGGAGGUCCUCCUCAAUGUCUUGAUUUUUCCCGGGGACGCUGCAAAAGAGGCGAUGGUUGUCGGUUUGCGCAUUCAGAGGUCGCAGUCGAAUCUACCAAUGAAGGGCGAUAUGAGAGGGGUGGAGGUCGUGGAGGACGAGGCAGCAGGCAAGUCGAUCGCCAAGAAAGUCACGACAGUGGUCGUAUCCAUGGUGGUAGCAGUAGUAAACCUGGCUGGGGCGAAGAUAUAUCACGUUCACGAAGAGGGUGGGAGCCUAACGAUUGUAAGGAGAAAAUUUACAAAAAAGAAUCGAGGAAAUCCUUGGAGGAGAUGCCUCGAGCACAAUCUGAAACCUCGCCAGUGAGUGAUUAUGGAAAUGAGUUAGGAGCUAAACCAAGUGAGCCACCAUAUCCUGGAGACCCUGGAGGCUUACCCACUUUGGCGCAGCUGCCGCCCCCUCCACCGCCAUUGCCUCGUUCGCAAGGAUUUUCAUCCGCUUCCAUACCACCACAACAAUCCUACAUGGGUUAUCCCCCUUCUCAGCCCGGGUUCAACCUGCCACCACCUCCUCCAACCAAUCAAAAUCGUCACACGUCAAUGAGUCAACAACCAUCCUAUGGAGGUAGCGAAACGCAACAGCCAGCUUUGGCACCUCCACAAGUUUCUAGCGGCCUUGCGAAUCUUCCUCAACUUAGGGGUCAGGCUUUGACUCCGUCAAGUAGGCCUGGCUACACAUGGCAGACAACAUCAACUGCGGCACCAGCAUCCAUGGCCUAUACUGGGCAGCCUGUCCAGGCGACAGGAGCACAGUCGAAUUAUGGGUUGCCACCUCCUCCCCCAACUGCAUACACAAACUCUCUGUCUCAAUAUCAGUUGCCACAACAGACGCAGGUAGGUCAAUCAGGAGAACAGUUCAACAUGAUGGCAGAUCGUCCUGAGCUAGGACGUCCCACUGCUGCGGACGCUGGAGUAAAAGGUGGACAAGAAAAUAUUUCUAUAUCUAGCAUGGAUCAAUGGAAGGGCAAUGGUGGGAACGGAACUAACAGACACAUGGAUGAUGUCAUACUAGAAAGUGUUAGUCCAGGCUUACCUGGCCACCACCACAUGGAGAAUGUAAGCCCGGGCCCUGGUCCAGGGUUGGUAAUGGAGAGCGUAAGUCCAGCGCUUGUUGCACAUGCAAGCAACGCUUCGGCGGUACCGCAGCAAGCAAUGACCGUGUCAACCUUUAGUUCAUCGCAGCACGAUAAUCCACCUGGUGUGGGCCUUGAGAGUGUAAGUCCAGCCCCAGAAGAACCGCAGAACUGGAGUCCAGGUGGCGGAGAUGAGACCAAUAAAGGUGAUAAAAGAGCAGAUAAGAGGAAUAAACGAGAUAAAGAAGAUCACAAAAUUAGGGGUUUGACCCUUCUUAGAACAGCAGUGGCAGAUCAUGUGAAAGAGACACUGAAGCCAACAUGGCGGGAAGGGCAGAUGAGCAAAGAGGCUUUCAAGACAAUAGCCAAGAAAGCUGUUGAUAAGGUCCUCAGCGUUAUCAAGCCGCAUCAAGUUCCCAACACUGACGAGAAGGUGGCGGUUUACAUGGAGAAUGCGAGACCAAAGAUCACAAAACUUGUUGAGGGUUAUGUGGACAAGUACGUGAAAUCCUGAUGCGUGAUGAAGAUUGGGCUUGUUUUCAAAAGCCUUCUGCAGAGGACUUCCAUGCAAUAGUGGGGUGCCUGCAAUUGGUAUGUCUUGAACCAUGAGCAGUGUAGAUCCUUGUCUAUGUGCAUCAGUUUAAUUCACAUAGAUAUUUGGAUCCAGAGCAGAACAUGCUAACAUAUCCUUUUGCAUUCCUGGGGCGGGGCUGAGCAGCCUCUCGGCAUAGAAGGUUUGUGAGAUUUUUUGCAGGUUCCAAAGAAAGUUUUUUGAGCUUUCGUAAUUAUACGGAAUCUUUGUAUCCGCUUUGUCUGCCACGUUUUAGGUUCUGCAGUUGCGAGCUGCAGAAAUUGCAAGAAAUAUAGAUCCAAGAAAUUGAUAUAUAUGAUCUGACGUGAUUCAGUCACUACUACUGAAUUAUCUCCUGCUUAUGUGCAGUGCAAUUUGCAUUUGUAUAUUAUCAUCAUAAACAAAGAAAUCGAUUUCAGAUUAAAGUCUUCAAUUUUUA